AUGGCCAGGAGUGGUUGCCUGGUUUGGGUGAAAUCAGUGCUUCGUGCAGUGCCAAUCUACAUGAUGAUGGCCGAAGACUUGCUAACCUGGGCACGCAAUGAGGUUGAUGCCAUCUGCAGGAAAUUCUUUUGGGCAUGCAAUGAUGCUUCGGUGAAAGGGAAAUAUAUGGUGUCCUGGCCGAUUGUCUGCAAGCCAACAACGCUAGGAGGGCUUGGUGUUAGCGACCUCAAGUUAACUGGAUAUGCACUCCAGACCAGAUGGCUAUGGUUGCAAAAGACUGACGCGGACCAGGCUUGGAGCCAGCUGCCAAUCAAGACCGCGCCUCAAGUUCAGGCGUUCUUCAGGGCGUCCACGUUCAUGGAGAUCGGAGAUGGCCACACGGCUCUCUUCUGGGAAGACUGCUAG